GAAUCUUUUGUGACCUAAGUAGAAUCGCGGUAUCAUGGGAGACGUCCCGUGAAAAUCCCUAGCCGGGAGACGAGAGCUGCGAGCGAGCGCGCUACGAUGGACUGCGAUGGCGCUUCGGCUUCGCGGAGCUCCACUCCAGCUCUGGAGCUCUACAAAUGUAGGCACUUCGAGCUCUACAAGCGCGAGAUCGGCAGCUUGCGGCCGUCGCUCUACGCGCAUCGAAUCGGCGGCUGUGAGGACAUGGUACAACGACUUAAGGAGUUUCGCAGACUUUCUGGGCAUCGAGGAUGCGUUAACACUGUUCACUUCAAUCCCUCCGGCGAUCGAUUGGUGUCCGGCUCGGAUGACAAGCAGAUCAUCUUCUGGGACUGGAUGGCCGGACGAAAGAAGCUCAUCUAUCACUCGGGUCACGAGCAGAAUGUUUUCCAAGCGAGAAUUAUGCCUUUCUCGGAUGAUCGCAGUGUUGUCAGCUGUGCUGCUGAUGGACAAGUGCGUCAUGCUUUGAUCUCCGAGGAUGGAAGAGUUGAGACUAAGAAACUAGCCAAGCACAGAGGUCCUGCUCACAAGCUUGCGGUCGAGCCAGGAAGUCCUCGAACGUUCUUCAGCUGUGGAGAAGAUGGUAUUGUCCUACAUUUUGAUCUGCGAGACAACAGGCGGACAAAGCUUCUAAGCUGUCAGAACCGCUUCAAAUCCAGAGGCCCGCUUGUCCGCCUGAAUUCAAUCGUCAUCAAUCCCCGGAAUCCAAACUAUCUCGCUGUCGGUGGCGACGACGUCUACGCCCGAGUUUACGACCUGAGAAAGAUCGGUGACGACACACCAGUCAGCCUCUACACUCCAAAACACCUCAUCGGCUUCCCGCACAUACACAUCACCUGCGUCGCUUACUCUCACCAAGAGGAGCUCCUCGUCUCAUACAGCGACGAGCACAUCUACCUCUUCCAGAGGGACAUGGAAGUCCAGGAUCAGACGAGGCCCGACGACGACUCGGCGUCGGACGAAGAAGUAAACUCCGACACCCCCGACUGCGACGACGAGAUCGACACAAGCAUCAGGAAGAAGGAUGGAGACGACGACGCGGAAGACGAAGAUCAAAGUGGCGACAUGGACGACGACAAGGAGAAGUCGAGCGCCGCCGACGAUGGAAGAUCUCCGCAAGUUUACAGGGGCCACAGGAACGCACAGACGGUGAAGGGCGUCAACUUCUACGGGCCGAACAGCGAGUACGUGAUGAGCGGCUCCGACUGUGGUCACAUUUUCAUCUGGAAGAAGCGUGGAGGAGCUCUCGUGACGAUGCUCAAGGGAGACAGGCGGGUCGUGAAUUGCCUCGAGCCUCAUCCUCACACCGCGUUCCUGGCGACGAGCGGAAUGGACAAGACGAUCAAGCUCUGGGCUCCAACCAGCGUGGAUCGAGAACCAUUUCCUCCAAAUGCUGACAAGAUCAUGGAGAGGAACAAGCGAAGCCGCGAGGAUCUGUCGAACGUCCCGUUCACGCCCGAGAUCAUCAUGCGAGUUCUCCAUCUCCAGAGCGCCCGAUUCGUCGACCCGGAGGCGCAGAACCAAGACGACGCGCAGGAGCACAACGAAGAAGAAGGCUACUACAAUCUCAUAUCCACGGAGAACUCGGACGAGGACAGCUCGGACGAUAGCCUCGGAAGUCCGCGCGAGUGUAUCAUAAGUUGAGGGGGGGAAAAGGAAAAGUGGUCGUUGGCCUUGGUCAACGAACUUUCUAUUUCCAUCGGUCGAUUUUUUUGACCGUCGUCAACGCACGUCAAGGGUGUUAUAUUCUAAUUCUAAAACUGCCCUAAAAAUUAUCCGGCCGAA